AUGGCGCUUGUGUCGGUGUGUAGUUCAGCCGCUGUACCAAAUCAACACAAUGCACACACAGCUGCCAAAGGGGCAUUCCGACAGAGCCGAGUGGCUACCAAGUCCAGGGAGAGGUGCAUUAGGAAAGGAAUCCGGUGGUUCCCACAUACCAUUACUCUCAAUACCAGUGUGGCACAUGCCAGUCUCACAGAGGGAUCAAGAGGGAUUGAGGGCACCGAGGGAAGUUCCAUUGCACCAUGGGAAUACAGCCGUAAUGUGGAUCCAGACCGAUAUCCAUCUGUUAUCAAUGAAGCCGAUUGUCUCAGUUCCGUUUGUGUCGACUCCAGCGGGAAAACGAAUCCCGACCUGAUGUCUCUCCCUAUCCAGCAGAAUAUUCUGGUUCUGCGCCGGGAGCAGAGAGACUGCAGCUUUGUCUAUAGACUGGAGACUCAGCGCUUCACCCUGGGGUGCACCUGUACCAGACCUGUCUCCUUCUCCCUGGAGCACCCCAUAUCCCCAUCGCUGGAUUCUAAAUCAAAUACCAGAAACUAAAGACUGGAAUUUUUACUUGUUAAUAAAAAUGUAUUCAAAUAAUUUUUUUUCAGUAAAACGCAUUAAAAUAUAUAACAUACUUACCAUGAUUUUUUGACUGUUGUUUAAUUACAUCAAGGUAAAUCCCCUUACACAAUCCCUUUAUCUGUCAACCAAAAGGGGGGGGGUU